AAUAACCACCUGGAAAUACACAUCAGAUCCCGAGUAUCUUGCUUGGCAUGCCACGUAGAUUCUUCAUUGGAGCAUAUAAAUACCCCUUAAGGGCCACGCCGAAAGGUAAUUGGAAACCAACCCUAAGCUCCUUUUAUCUCCGCUCCAAAGUUACAUCUGUAAAGGAAAGGUCUUCUCCUAUGUCAAGGAAAAUUGCAGCUCAAUGGGGAUUAGAAACUUUAUUUACAGCUAAGAUUUGAACAUACUUUAGUUUAGAAGUUAUUUCAUUCUUUGUACUGACAUUAGUAGCAGCCUUAAAAAGAGCUGGUUUGUAUAGAUUUUGGAAAUAAAUUCACAUUUUACCA